GAGUUUCUAAACCCACUGGCCAAGUUACGAGUAGUUCCAUUUCUCUGAACGUUUCAGAUAUUUGAUAAUAUACUAAUGAUGGGUUGUUUGAGCGGUAUAGCAAGAUAUAUUCUCUUUUUAUUCAACUUUCUCAUCCUGGCUGCAGCAGCAGGGUUGAUAGCAGUAGGUGUAUUAUAUAAAGUAAAUAAUGUGGGAUUAGACGUACUAUCUGUCAGUACAUACACUAUUGUAGUAGGUGUCGUAAUUGCACUCAUCGCCUUUUUUGGAUGCUGUGGAGCGAUAAAAGAAAGUAGAUGCCUGCUAUCAACGUAUGCCUACGUGAUGGUUACGAUAUUUAUUCUCCAAGUAGUACUGAUAGUACUAGCUUUCCUUGCAAUGAAAAAUGGUAAUUUAGAAUUGGAUGAGGAGGUGAAAACAUAUCUGACAAAAAUAUAUGAAAAUAUAUUCACCAGUCCUGAAGAAGCUGACAUUGUGAAUACACUUCAACGUUAUUUCGAAUGUUGUGGAAUUGAUAAAAGCUACACAUUGGUCACAAAUGCCACUAGUGGAUUACUCAUAGAAAGCUGCUUUUCAGAUACAGAUACACAACAGAAAGUGAUGUAUAUGAAGAACUGUGUCAACGAACUCCGUGAUUUCAUCAUGAAUAAUGCCAAAAUAAUUGGGGGAAUCGCUAUUGGUGUUGCUUUAGUUGAACUCGUAGCAGCUAUUUUUUCAUUCUGUGUGAAGGACAACAUCAGCAGACAACACGAAUUUGUAUAAAUGAUUAUGAAAACACAUCAUGGAAUUAAUCAACAAUAAUAAAUACUCAAAUGUUUUCAAUGAAGUACAUUAUUCUCACAUAGCAAAAUAAAAUAUCGAGCAUA